AUGGCUGGAGGUCCGCUGGACCUGUGGAAUGACUGGUCAAUUCAGAUCCUAGUGCUCCUCAGCCUCACGCUUCAGGUCAUCCUCUUCCUCUUCGCCGGGAUCCGCCGGCGUGAAGCCAAUCCGUUGCUGAACCUCCUGCUCUGGCUGACGUACCAGCUGGCCGACUCCACCGCCAUGUUUGCCCUUGGCCAUCUGUCCCUCAGCGACGCUCCUGGUGAUCACCAGCUCGCAGCAUUUUGGGUGCCGUUCCUCAUGCUGCACCUAGGUGGCCCAGACAACAUCACCGCCUAUGCCCUCCAGGAUAACCAGCUCUGGCUGCGCCACCUCCAGAUGCUGGUUGUACAGGUCCUUGGGGCCACAUAUGUCCUCUACAGACAGAUUACUAUCAAUGGACCCUUUGUCCUAUUGGCCAUCAUUCUGAUGUUCACUCUCGGGGCUGUCAAGUAUGCAGAGCGGACAUGGGCGCUGAGGUGCGGCAACAUCGAUAGACUCCGUAGCUCUCUCGAGAAGGAACCACGUUCCAACCAUUAUCAGUUCCACGCUCGCACUCCGGACCAAGAGUUCAGGAAGGGGGCAGCUGACAAGGAAGAAUUAUAUGUGCGUCAUGCGCACUCCCUGUUCCUGAUAUGCAAGCAUGCCAUGGUUGAUUCUUGGAUCGAAAAGGAUCCAGAUAACCAUGAUGCUAAUAAGCUUAUGGCCCUUAAACAAGAGGGUUAUGAGGUCAUGUGGGCGAUGAUGGAGCUGGAGCUCUCCUUGAUGUAUGACAUCCUGUACACCAAGGCAGCCGUGGUCCAUACUUGGCAUGGCUACUGCAUCCGUCUUGCCUCACCGCUCGUCACCGCCGUCUCAUUCCUGCUAUUUCAUUUCAGCGGCAAAGACGGCAAUCACAGCAGCCUUGACGUUGUGGUUACCUACACUUUGCUUUGUGGGGCUUUCUUGCUUGAGACCAUAUCGGUGUUGGCUGCCCUAGGAUCCACCUGGACAUACGCCUUCCUGUGCGCCACACAGUGGAAUUGGCUCCAAUGCGCUGCUCUUUUUACGGGGAGGUGGGAUCGGCUACGCCGGUUUGUCAACACCAUGACAACAAGACACGGUGGUGCUCGGGCAAGGAGGUGGUCAGCCAAGAUGGGCCAAUACAACAUUCUGCACCGGUGCGCCCGGCGCGACACAGCUUGGAGUCCUCUCCUUGGCAGGCUGGCUAACACGGUGGGAGAGGAACUGAAGGAGUGGUGGGAUAGGAAGCAUUACUCCGGAUCUAUUGAGAUUUAUGAUGAUCUGAGGCAGAGGAUGUUUGACUACAUACGGCAGUUGAAGGGCGCGGUAAACUCACAGGGUGUGCUCAGGAAGAGCUGGGGUCAAGAGACGUUAGAGAACUUGGGUUUGUAUGAUUAUUUCCAAAACCAGCUUGGAGUUGAGCUUCAAGAGGGCAUCAUUAUCUGGCACAUCGGCACCGAUAUUUUCCUCGCCAAAAGUAGUGGAGCCAAGGCCGUUGGUGCAAAGAUGCAGGUGAAGGCCAUCAGGGCGCUGUCAAACUACAUGAUGUUCCUCCUCGUUGAGCGCCCCUACAUGCUACCAGGCCUUGCUCAGGCCAGGUUGUAUGAGAGAACCUGCAAGAAUUUGGUAGACAUAUGGAACAAAAAAAAGCGCGAAAGACGCGCCCGUUCAAACAGGCUUAAGGAAUUAUUCCGCCUGCGUGAUGAUCCCAAUUCAUCUCAGCCGACGCAAAGCGAUGUCUUUGCUAUCAUCCUCUAUGACGUCGAGAAGCCAGACUACAGCAUGGCUGUUCCUCGCCUCCAGUAUGCAAAUAGGCUUGCUAAAAAGCUACUCGGCAAAGAAGAGGAACGCAACAUUGACGUGCUGAAGCUGGUUUGUGACGUGUGGAUGGAUUUUCUAGUCUACGCUGCCAACAGAUGCAGCAGAGAGUCACAUGCCAAGAAGCUCAGCAGUGGUGGUGAGCUCACAACUAUCUUGUGGCUUAUGACGGGCUACCUUCACAACCACCUCCUCAUGAAUAGAUCAGAUCAAGUGGAUGGGUGA